UAUCUCCCCACAGGUCCACCAUGUCUGACAGAAAGGCUGUGAUCAAAAAUGCUGACAUGUCUGAGGACAUGCAGCAGGAUGCUGUCGAUUGUGCCACGCAGGCCAUGGAGAAGUACAAUAUAGAGAAGGAUAUUGCCGCAUACAUAAAAAAGGAAUUUGACAAGAAAUACAACCCCACCUGGCACUGCAUCGUGGGCAGGAACUUCGGUAGCUACGUAACGCAUGAGACGAAGCACUUCAUUUACUUCUACUUGGGCCAAGUGGCGAUUCUGCUCUUCAAAUCCGGCUAGGGGUUCAGGCCAGCACCUGUGGGGGGGUCACGGCUGGUGAGGAACAUGGACUGUAGCACUAAAGACCGGCUCCAGCUCUUUAACCAUGGCUGCGCCACUGCAUGGACUCGAUACUAUAUUUAAUGUGUAUAUGUUGCCGUAAAAAAUACCUACAAUUCUCAUUUCUUUCUCUAUUUUGGGGGGAUUGCCUAGGAGAAGAAAGGCAGCGUAUUAUCCUCUCUCUUCCUCCUCUUUUUUUUGUUUUUGUUUUGUUUUGUUUUCCCUUUUAUGUUCCUGCUUCUUAUUUUUUCUGUUCUUUUGCACUAGGAGAACUGUAAAAUGCUUCAACAAUGGCCUUUAAGUGAGAAGAAGAAAUAAAAUAAAACAAGAAACUUCAAUUCCACAAAACA